AUGGCUUCACGCAGGAGCUCACGCGAUGUGGACGAGGUACACGACGAGAAGCAGAUGGCUAUCUCGCACGUGGAAGGAGGCGGUCAGGUCAUCGAGAUCGAAACUUUUCGAGUCCUGGGACUGAGUCAAGAGGACGCCGACUUCUACACCAGCUUUCCUCCUGAGAAGCGGAAGAGGGUCUUUCACAAGGUCGAUAUUCGCCUUGUACCUAUGCUGGCUUGUCUGUAUCUGAUCUGCCACAUCGACCGCGCGAACAUCGGCAACGCGAAGAUCGAGGGCAUGGUCAAGGAUCUCGGCAUGACCAAUGUCCAGUACAAUAUUGUCCUGUCGAUCUUCUUCGUACCAUAUGUCUUGUUCGAGAUCCCGUCGAACAUGGUUCUGAAAAGGUUCAAGCGUCCAUCUUACUACAUAGGAAUGCUUUGCGUGUCGUGGGGCACUGUUAUGACCCUCACCGGUGUCGUCCAGAACUUUGCAGGUCUCAUGGCCGUUCGCGUCCUUCUGGGCAUUUUCGAAGCCGGCUUCUUUCCCGGUGCAAUCUACCUGACGAGCUAUUGGUACAUGCCCAAGGACCUCUCAUCACGCAUCUCUUAUUUCUACUGCGCUUCGGCGUUAUCUGGUGCCUUUUCUGGCCUGCUAGCAGCUGGCAUUGCCAAGAUGGACGGAGUGGCGGGCUACGAGGGUUGGCGCUGGAUCUUCCUACUGGAGGGCAUCGCUACCGUUGUCAUCGGUGUCAUGUGCUUCUUCCUGCUCGUCGACACGCCUGCUCUCUCCACUCGUUGGCUCGAGCCCGAGGAGAUUCGCUAUCUGGAGCUGUCCAUGUUCAUCAAGCAAGGCGGUGGCUUCAGCGAUGAGAAGUCGAGCAAGCGACGCGAUCUGAAGAAAGUGCUCCUGAACUGGCGAGUCUACAUCCAGGCCUACUUCUUGGUCUGUCAGUCUGCGCUGUCUUACGGAAUGAAAUUCACACUCCCGACCAUCACCAAAGCAAUGGGCUUUACCAAUACGGUCGCUCAAUUGACCUCGGCACCACCUUACGUCGCGGCAGCGCUUUCUGCUAUCUUCUUUGCGAAGAUUUCGGACAGGUUCUACUGGCGCAUGCCCUUUGUCGUUGCACCAAUGUCCCUAGUUGUGAUCGCCUUCAGCGUUCUCUUUUCUCUCAACGGUGCGCUGGACACCAAGAAAGGCGUCGCCUAUUUAUGCAUUGUUCUGGGCAUGAUGGGCAUCUUCCCUAUCCAAGCCGCAGCUGCUAGCUGGAAUGCAAACAACAUCGCUCCGGCUUCUCGGAGGAACAUUGGCAUCGCCCUGAUGAACGCUACUGGAAACAUUGGCGGCAUUGUGGGUUCGUUCAUGUAUCUAGAAAACGAAAAGCCGAAGUACCCUACCGGCUUCGGUCUCUCGCUCGCGUUCGGUGCCUCAGGCAUAGUUGUUGCUCUGCUUCUGGAGUGGAGCUACAAGUAUGCGAAUAAGCAGAAGGCGAAGAUCGUCGAGGAUGCGAAGACCAAGUACACGGAAGAAGAAUUGUUCGAUAUGGGCGAUAAGUCUCCGCUAUUCAAGCACGUACUGUGA